AUAAAAUAAUCCUAUAAAUUAUGUGUCCUGUAUUAAAUCUAUUCCCUCGCAAACCCAGACUACAACACAGCAUCAAGGGUGUCUUUUGGAUGUGUGGCCCGGAGACGUGCAAUUAACCAAUUACUGCUCUGCAGUAAGAGGCAUGCAGAGCACUGUGCUGACAAUUACGGUUCAGCCCAGAGCUGGUGGAAGGUGACACUGAGUCAGAAUCAUUCGGUCCAGGGGCCGCUGUCAUAACUAGAGAGGACGGAAGAAUGAAGAGCUGCGAAUUUAGAGGCGCUCUCUCUAUUAACGUUACACUCGGGUCGACCUCAAGUUACACCCACAUCUCCCUGACCUUCAAGAAACUGGCUUCCCCGCAGCCCGCGGGAAGCCCGGAGGGGAGGCGUAGCUGCGCCGCCAGGGGGCGCCGCGCAGCCGCAGAGGCCACCGAGCCGCAAUGGCGGCGCCGCGGGUGCUGCUGCUCCUGUCCGGCCGCCCGGAGUCGGUGAGCUUCGCUCAGAGUGUGUGUGGCCUCCUCGGCGCCGGGCCGGGACUCGGGCCAUGGCCCACGCACUGUAGCUUGAAGCGCGGACAGCUCAUCCUCUCGGAUAGGCCCUUCCCAGAGGCCUCGACCAGGCUUCCGAUCCAGCGACCCUCUUUCUGCCCUUUUGCGGCCCUGGCCCUGCAGCCCUUGGCCCCCAAGGCCAAGCAACCCCUGAAUCGAGGUGUGGAUCUGGGUGUGGCCGUCCUUCUACAGUCCAGCGACCAGACUGUCUUGUUGACUCGAAGGACACGCACUCUCAGAAUUUCCCCCAACCUCUGGGUACCCCCAGGUGGGCAUGUGGAGCUCGAUGAGGAGUUGCUGGACGGAGGUCUUCGAGAGCUGUGGGAGGAAAGUGGACUACAGCUGCCCAAGGACCGGUUCUCCUGGGUCCCUCUGGGAUUAUGGGAGUCUGCCUACCCACCUAGGCUGAGCUGGGGUUUCCCCAAAUACCAUCACAUCGUUCUCUAUCUACUUGUGAUCUCCCAGGAGUCACAGCAACAGCUGCAAGCCCAGAUCCAACCAAAUCCAGGUGAGGUGAAUGCCCUUAUGUGGCUGAGACCAGAUGUAGCGGCCGCAGUGGCUGCUACAGAGGAUGGGACAGAAACAGCUGGCUUUCUCCACCAGAACCUACCACCCUCUGUCCCUGCAAUACAACUAGAAGAGGACGGAGGAGCCCGACCUGUGCUUCUGCCCAUGUCCACGCUGCUGCAGACAACGCCAACCACAGCAGAGGACAAAGAGAGGGUCAGCACUGGAACCAAGUUUGCUCUCAGGCUCUGGCUGCAAUAUCUGGGCAGAUAAAGGUGAGCAGCAACUUACAGGUCCUACAACACUGAGCUGGAAUUGUCUGGUGCACUUAUGGCCACAGAGGAGAAGAGGGGAGGAAGAACUGCUCUUGGAAAUCCCUGUAUAAUAUCCCCUCCAGAUGACAGUGGAGUUUACCUGGACCCGAAGCUGGCAAAGGAUGGACAUGGACCUUCUUGUCCCAGACCAGGAGUCUGGAAAGUAAAGUGCAUCACCCCUCCCCAGCUCACCUCCAUGACACAGAACAUUCACAACCUUUAUUGUGGGUGAGAACUUUGCUACAGCUUUGGGAAUAAAAAGUAAAAUUACAACGUAAGUCCCAGGCCCUGGAGAAGCCUGAAAAAAAAAACAAAAAACAUUGGGAAGGAGGGCACAGGGGUCCUCCCCCCACCCAGGAAAGGUGCAGAAUGAGCCAGGCCUAAGCACAGGGCCGUAGGUCUCUAGAAACUUGGUCCUGGGCUGAUUGGCAUUAAGAAACAUUGUGAACUUAAAUAUAUAUAAAUAGAGAGAGCCCUGGGCAAUAGGCCAGGCCCUCCCCACUUUCAAAUCCCUGGAGAUCACGACUAAGGCCUUAUCUUCUCAGUUGUACUGGGAAGUAGGAGGCAAGGGAAGUCAUCUUUGGAGUGUUUUGGUUUUUCUUGUUUAUGCACACAAAAAAGAUCUGCAACCCAAAACACAGAUCUCUGUCCACCUCUG